AGGAGAAAAAUGACGGAGGUCGAACGAGAGAAUUUGCUUCGCUGCAAGGAAUAUAUAGUGAAGACUUUAAAUCCUGCUUAUGUAUUGAGCUACAUGAAAACCUGGCUGUCCGAUGAGACUGUGGAGCUAAUUCAAGAGGAAAGCAACCGGCCAACCAAGGCAGCAGAACUUUUUCUUCACUCCGUUCUACAGCUCAACGUGGAUGGAUGGUUCCGUGGUUUUCUGGAUGCACUACAAGCUUCAGAUUAUACCGGCCUUCAUGAUGCAAUUGACAAGUGGGAUUUCAAGAUAAUUGAAAGUCUGGAACCUCACAGGCAACUGUUGAAACGAAUUGGGCCCGCUAUGCAGGACAUUGAUGUCAAACAAAUUCAAGAGUUCAUGGAUGACUGCCUCCGAAUUCAGGAAUGGGAAGAGAUUCAUAAGAUUAGUGAAAGGAAAGGAAGACAAGCAAGUGCAAGCAAACUGAUAGAAUGUCUGUGUAGAUCAGACAAAGAACAUUGGCCUAAAACCUUCCAAAUCGCACUGCAUAGGUCUGGACACGACAAGCAAAUCGAGCUAUGGGAUUUGAAAGGAGCUGAUAAUGCAGAUGUUGAAAUGGCAGAUGAAGAUGAAGACAGCUGUGUUUUUGAAAUACAGAUUUCUGAAGAAGCAGAAUCUGACAAUCUUUGUGAAAAUUCAUGUUCACCUUCAGAUGCCUUCCAGCAGCCCAGAUAUGUUCCGAGGAAGCCAAGGAGCUAUCAGAUAGAACUUGCUGAGCCUGCUCUCAAGGGCAAACACACCAUGAUUUGUGCCCCUACCGGAUCUGGGAAGACUCUUGUGUCUAUUAUGAUAUGUGAGCAUCAUCUCCGCAACAGGCCUGCUGGGCAGAACGGAAAAGUGGUCUUCCUCGCUACAAAAGUUCCAGUUUAUGAACAACAGAAGAAAGUCUUCUGUGAAUACUUCAAAAAUGACUACAACAUUGCAGGCAUCUGUGGGGAAAAUGCUUCCAAGUCUCCCGCAGAAAUAGUUAUUAAACAGAAUGAUAUCAUUGUCAUGACACCCCAGACUCUUUUGAACUCUCUGACUAAUGAGACAGUUCUUUCUCUUUCAAUAUUCACAUUGAUGAUAUUCGAUGAGUGCCACAACACUACGGGGAGUAAUCCAUAUAAUAUGUUAAUGUCCAAGUACUUGAACCUUAAACUGAAGCAAGAUGCAGUUCCGCUACCUCAGAUUGUAGGAUUGACCGCUUCUCCUGGCAUUGGCAAUGCCAAAAACGUAGGGGAGGCCAUAGACUACAUCUGCAACAUUUGUGCUUCCCUCAAUAUUGAAGUGAUCUCAACGGUCAGAAAGAACAUAAAGGACUUGGAAGAAAUUGUUCCUAAACCUGAAAAAAUUAUUAAGCUUGUUGGGACUCGUCCACAAAAUCGCUUUGUAGAUAUUGUAUCUCAGAUGAUGUCAAAAGCAGAGGAUCUAGCAAGACAAUUUCAUCCUAUUGAUAACAUGUCUGUGAUGAAGAAUCGGUGUUACGGGACCCAGAAAUACGAGCAGUGGAUAGUCGAUGUGCAGAAGAAAGCUGUGGUGUUACAGUUGCCAAAUAAGGAAGAAGAAAGCCGAGUCUGCAGGGCUCUUUUUAUUUGCACGCAGCACCUCCGGAAAUACAAUGAUGCCUUAAUCAUCAAUGAAGACGCCCGAACCAAAGAUGCUUUGAUUUAUCUGAAGGAUUAUUUUGAGGAUGCCAAAAAUGGCGACUUUGAUAACAUUGAACAGCAUCUGGCUUCAAAUUUCGAAGUUAAUUUGCCAGAACUCACGGCUGCUUCCGAGGAUGAAUCCAAUGAAAACCCUAAACUGGAAGAUAUUACAGAGAUUCUGGGAGAGAUAUAUCAUGUCAACCCUGAGACACGUACCAUUCUCUUCGUGAAGACAAGAGCACUGCUGGCAGCAUUGAAGAAUUGGAUAGAAGAAACACCUGAACUUAAGCAUCUGAAGCCACAGGCACUGAUGGGACGUGGGAAAAGAAACCAUUGCACAGGCAUGAGCCUCCCAAAUCAAAAAGGGACUUUGGAUGCCUUCCAAACCAAUGGGGACAGCAAGCUUCUAAUAGCAACUUCAGUUGCUGACGAAGGGAUUGAUAUUGCUGAGUGCAACCUGAUCCUGCUUUAUGAAUAUAUAGGCAAUGUCAUCAAAAUGAUACAAGUCAGAGGUCGUGGAAGAGCAAAAGACAGCAAGUGCAUUCUUGUGACGAGCAAAAAAGAACAGGAGGAGAAGGAGAGGUACAAUUUAGAAAAGGAGCUAAUGAUGAACAGAGCUAUUGAAGAGGUACAGAGCUGGGAUGAAAAGAUCUUUGCACAGAAGAUAAACGUGUUUCAAAAGCAGCUAAUAAAAAUGCUAGAUUCCAAGAAAAAAACGACAGAAUCAAAACCCUGGAAAAACAAUAGAGUUCUCUUGUGUGGCAAAUGCAAGAAGCUGGCCUGCAGUACGGAAUAUCUCCGGGUGAUUGAGGACUCGCACCAUACUGUUUUGGGCGAGAAAUUUAAAACACGGUAUAUCACAGAACCUCAUAAGAAGGCAUGCAACUACGGGAAUUUUGACAAAAAAUUCAAGAUGUAUUGCACCAGCUGCCAUCACGACUGGGGAAUCGUUGUGAAGUACAAGACCUUUGACAACAUGCCCAUCAUCAAAAUUGAGAGCUUUUCCGUGCAGGAUGUUGUUAGCAACGAGCAGAUUUAUUUCUCAAAAUGGAAGGAUGUUGAUUUUGCAAUGAAAGACUUCGAUAUUGAAGAAAUGUCUGAGUGAAGUGCUGCCUAUUCAAACUUCUGUUUAUAAUCUUGCACGAUCUAGUUAAUUCUGCUUUUAAAGUCAAAUUGGUAACCGGGGUACCAUUAACUUUCCAGUUAUACUCCGGUCUAAAUUUAAACUCCAAGGUAGCUUUGACAUCUGUCUGACUCUUAGCAUGCUUCCAUUAAUCAAUGUUUCUUCAAAAAAAAAAAAAAAAACUGAUCUGUUGCCAGCGCUGUCUUUUGAUUAUGCAAUUUAAUAAUAAAAGUAUAUAU